GCCAAGCGCGGUCGGCAGCAUUCGCGCGCCGCUCGGCACUCCGCGCGCACCACGAACGUACGUUCCGCUAUGGUGCCACAAUGACCUCGCUGCCCGGCAUGACCCACGACCCGUCGGCUCCGCCGCCCCUGUUGCUCGACAGCCCGUACGCGUCGCCGGACUAUGGCAACCUGUCGUUGCUGCCAUCGUUGCCCGCUGCCAAUGUCAGCUCGGGCAAGUUGUACCAGGUUCCCGUCGGCUUCAUCGUGCUCCUCUCCAUCUUCUACGGCAUCAUAUCGCUGGUGGCAGUCGCCGGCAACUUUAUGGUCAUGUGGAUCGUGGCCACCUCGCGGCGCAUGCAGACCGUCACCAACUUCUUCAUCGCCAAUCUGGCCGUGGCCGACAUCAUCAUCGGACUGUUCUCCAUCCCGUUCCAGUUCCAGGCGGCCCUGCUGCAGCGCUGGGUGCUGCCCGAGUUCAUGUGCGCCUUCUGCCCCUUCGUACAGGUUCUCUCGGUCAACGUGUCCAUAUUCACGCUGACCGCCAUCGCGCUGGACCGUUAUCGCGCCGUCAUGUCGCCCCUUAAGGCUCGCACCACCAAGCUGCGCGCCAAGUUCAUCAUCUGCGGCAUCUGGACGCUCGCGGUCGCGGCCGCGCUGCCGUGCGCGCUCGCUCUGCGCGUCGAGACGCAGGUCGAGUCGCAUGCGCUCAACCUGACCAAGCCGUUCUGCCACGAGGUCGGCAUCUCGCGCAAGGCCUGGCGCAUCUAUAACCACGUGCUCGUGUGUCUGCAGUACUUUUUCCCGCUGCUCACCAUCUGCUUCGUGUACGCGCGCAUGGGCCUCAAACUCAAGGAGAGCAAGUCACCUGGCAACGCCCAGGGUGCCCGCGACGCUGGCAUCCUGAAGAACAAAAAGAAGGUGAUCAAGAUGCUGUUUGUCAUCGUGGCGCUGUUCGCCUUCUGCUGGCUUCCUUACCAGUUAUACAAUGUUCUCCGGGAAGUGUUCCCCAAGAUUGACAAGUACAAGUACAUAAACAUAAUCUGGUUCUGUACACACUGGCUGGCCAUGAGUAACUCCUGCUACAAUCCUUUCAUUUAUGCCAUCUACAACGAGCGCUUCAAGCGCGAGUUCGCCACUCGCUGUACCUGUGGCGGUCAUCGCUACAAGUCGCCCAAGAGCCGCUUCGCCUCGUACGAGCAGGAAGAUAACAACUCGACCAUCAUAGUCUCCAUGCGACACUCGUUCCGGCUCAGCUUCAAGAAUUCCUCGCCGCUCAAAGCGAGCACGCAGGUCUAAUUGGAGUCACCCACUGGCGAAAUCCGACUGGCGCACGCGCAUCAAGGAAGAUGAUGAAACGGGAGACUGCGUGCGUCCCCGGCUAUCC